GAUCUGCAUCAUAUCAUCGAAUCUGGACAGAUGCUCAGCAAUGAGUACGUCCAGUACUUCCUCAGCCAGGUUCUCCAGGCCAUGAAAUAUAUUCACUCUGCGUCCGUCGUACAUAGAGACCUGAAGCCCGGCAACCCGCUGGCGAAAGCUGAUCGUGGGCUGAAGAUCUGCGACUUCGGU